CCGGUACCCGCUUGAUCAUUAUUUUUCAGGAUAAUUUUACGUUCGUCUUUACGUGGCAAAUUUACUAAUCAUCGUCAAAUCAGAAGUGGUUUUUUCCAUACCUAGUUGACAAACAUACAAUGUUGCUUUACAGAAUUAAUACCCUUGUUGGUCAAAUACUUUGUACGGUGCUAUUUUGUUCCGUUUUCUUUAUACAUUGCACGAGUGCCACUGAAACUCCAACAGCAACAAUAAUACCAUCACCUACAGUGGUUCCAAAACAACUAGGUAAUUCCAGUGCUGCAAUCAUUGUUUCAGCAUCAACAGGCAACUUAACAUCAUUCAACGCACCAUCGAUAAAUCCUAGUGUGGUCAUUUCUGGUUCUUCUGUUAUUACCUCUGCAAGACCUGUCAAACCUACUGCAAAACAAAUGCCGAAAAAGUCUGGAAGGAAAUUCGAUGGUCUAUCUUUCUUUGGUGGAAUGAUUCUGGGUGCUGUAAUAUGUAUUAUUCUAUUGUUUGGUGUGAAGUAUUACCAGGCAAAGAAAAGAAGCUACCACUCAUUAUAGAACUAAAAAUUAUUGAAGACAGAUCAGUUAAAAGGCCAAGCUAACAGUGUGGGCCUGUUUUGCAAUGUUUCAGAAGAACAUUUGUAGAUUUUAUGCCAUUUGCAUUAUGACUCAUCAAGAAUUUAUCUCAUACAGAGUAAUUUGCAACAAAGAUUAGUCAGUAAUUUAACAUCCUAAAUUAUCUUUUUAAAUAUCAUUUCUUGAUUGUAGCUGUAAUGCAUGUUUAUGUGCAAGUAACGUAUGUCAUGUUAUUAUUAUACUGCAUGUACUUUAUUAUUAUAAAGCAUGUAGGUUUUUGCUACUGACAUGAAAGUAAAUUAAUUAUGACUUUCUCA